AUUCGUGCAAGCAUCGCUGCGAACGGAGAGGAGUCGCUCAGAGCACGGAUGCUAUUGGCACGGUUCACAGAGGCGCGUGAUUUGCGUGUAGACGACAGUGCUGAUACCGGUGCAUACAGCUUGAGAAAGGUGGUUGGUUGGAUGUCCACAGAAGGGAUGUCUGCUGAAGGGGACGUGGAUAUGACAAAGCAGCAGCAGGGCGGAACAUACACAGCAGCUGAUUUCAAGAAGAUGCUCAUGACACAGGCGAGGAAAUGGGGAAUGCUUGUUGAAGAUUCUAACGACGAGCUGAAGAGCGGUGCAGCAGAAAUUCUGUUGCUGUCGCGUUUGAAGGACAUACCGCAAGCUCCCCCGCAAGACUUCCAAGAUCUUCUAGUCAUUAUUGCAAACGGGGUGGAGUAUGUUUUACUCGACCAGCUGGUGGAUUUCAUGCAAAAGCGUCCUCAGGAUCGGAAUUCUGCAAAGGAGGCAUCCCAUGACGGCAUGAUGGUAACAACGGAGCGGUUCGGUGAGAUAACAUUGCACCCUUUCGUCAUGAACUAUAUACAGGACUAUCCUGAAAGGUGUGCCCUUGCAACUGUGAAAUUCGGUGUUUGUCCAACAUGCACAGUGUCAAAAGACGAUUUGGAUGUCAUCGCCGAUUCCACCAACUGCAGGAGAUCGCAGACGCUAGAGACGCAACUUGCCGCGGACUGCUUCAACAGUGGGGACAACGACAUUCGCCGUGCUGCUGAGGCACGAAUGUCAGAAUUGGACAUGCAUAAGCAUGUUCAAGAGAACGGCCUAUGGGGAUUCUACAGAGGUCCUCAUGGUGACGAUCUUGAACUAGAUUACCAUCUCGCUUUGCAACCAGACCAUAUGCACACCAUUGAACACGACAUUUUUUUGCAUAUGAUAGAUGCAUUAAAGGCAGCUGCUUAUAAGAAGUUGCCAGAUACCACGCAAAGCGAGAUAUUGCACGAGAUGGAUGCGAGGUUGUAGAGCAUCAGUGAGAGAUCCACACGGACAUACCCGCAGCCUGUGUUGCCCGUAGCCACAGGUUGUGAUUUCUUUUUAAGGGAAGGACGAUUUGAAGCGAAGCAAAAUCGG